CCCAUCUGAGUCGAGCAUGGUUUACGGCAGUCACACGAGGUGUAAAUAUGGUCGCUCGCUCUGACAGUUCGCGACACUCGCGAUAGGCCACGAUGAACAGAUUCGAGUACGGUGAUUCUCGGUUUAUGCCGAACGAGGCUUACGUGAGACGCGACACGGUCGUGCGUCUCUACGAUGGCGAUACAAAGACAAAUUUCGAAAAUGGUGAAUUAAUCCUAACUAGUCACAGAGUACUCUGGGGCAGGCCGGGCGACAUAUCGCGAGGUAACACCUGCUUGUCGCUUUCGCUCAGACAUAUCGUUUUCUUCGAAGAGGAAAAUCCCGGACCGUUCUCCUUCCGUAGCAAGAAGAUUGUGCUACACCUCUCCGAGCCUGCCGUUGACAAGAUGCCUGGUCCAACGGAUAGUAGUUUGUACAAUUAUGUCAAGUUGUCGUUUAAAGAGGGUCUGGACUCGAAUUUUAUAACGCAAUUGUCCGACACUAUUAUGAGACGAAUGUGGGAAUUUGCUCCUGCCACUGGAUUAAUCGUCCCUGCUGUACGCGAUAAUCAAGAAAGCGCUAAACUGCUACCUCGUAUAAAAACGCGAACGGGCAUUAUUGGUAUCGAGAGAAGUCUACAAGAGAAGCAGAAAGAAACUGACGAGAGUAUAUCGCUGGCGUUUCAAGAUCUUACCAAGCUUAUGGAUAUGGCUAAAGAUAUGGUGGCCAUCUCAAAGACCAUUUCGGCUAAAAUAAGGGAAAGACAAGGAGAUAUAACGGAGGAUGAGACUGUCAGAUUUAAGGCUUACUUAAUGAGCUUAGGUAUCGACGAUCCAGUAACGAGAGACGCGUACAAGAGCAGCAACGAGUACUUUCAACAAUUGGCCAAGCAGCUUGCGUGUAUAUUGGAAGAGCCGAUAAAGGAGGUAGGCGGUAUGAUGACGCUUACAGAUGUUUAUUGUCGCGCAAACAGGGCCAGAGGUUUGGAGCUUUUAUCUCCCGAGGAUUUAUUGCACGCCAGCAGACAAUUGGCGCCCUUAGGUUUACCAAUUGUGUUAAGAAGCUUCGAUAGCGGCGUUAUGGUUCUCCAAAUUCGAUCUCACGACGAUAAUGCUGUUGUUGAUCGUAUAACGGAAUUGUUGAAAGAAAAAGGCUCUAUGACGGCCGAAGAUCUUGCACAAUCCGAAGGUAUAUCGGUAUUGUUGGCACGCGAACGAUUGCUAGUCACGGAGAAGCACGGCAAAGCCUGCAGGGACGAUUCGAUAGAAGCUCUCAGAUUCUAUCCCAAUCUAUUUUUAGAAGAAAUAUCUAGUGAAUAAUUUUUAACUGUCACGAAUGUACGGUUGAUUGCCUUUUCAAACUAAUGUUGGCCAUCGUGUAACACCAACGCUUCAAGGUUUUAUAUAUUUUUUAAGUUUUCAUAUGUCCAAAAUGCAAUUAAAUUAAACGCUAUUAAAAUUGAA